AUGUGCGGCUCCGGGAUCGGCUCUUUCGCAUCCAACCCGUUUUUGGCCUGGCUCUUGGACACGUCCACUUGGUGGGGAGCGUUAAUUAUCCAGGGUGGGAUCCUCCUGAAUUGUUUCGUCUCGGCUGCCUGUUUCCAUCAUGCGGAUGCUAUUCGAUUUCGCCCGAAAAUUUCGAUGAUGCAACUAACUGGUGGUGAUCAGUCUGUACACUUGGAACAGGAUCGAAAAUGUUCUACAAUGAGGUCCAUUGUACGCUACAUACUUUGUAUUCCGGCCAAUUUCCGUUUCACGUUUGACGUUCCUAAUCGACCGUCAAGUGCUUUGCAAUACAACCCAGGCGACAGUGUUCCGCAUGAAGUGGAUCAACAAUGCUCGGGGUUACGUGACUCUCUCGCAUCUGCUUUACGUCGGCUAGUCUCCCCCGGGAUUUGGAGGAAUAUGACACUUCUCACAUUCAUUCUUGCCAAUGGUCUGGUUGGAGCCGCAAUCGUUGUACCAUGGACAUUUAUCUACGACUAUGUUUUAGUAUCACUCGGCGGCUCAGACGUGUUGGAUUCUCGAAACGCUGGGCAACUUGCAUGGCUUCCCUCACUCAUUGGUAUGGGUUCUCUUUUUGGUGAGUCGAACUUUGAGGUUGUUGUCACAAUAUUAUUCCAAGGCUGA